GAAGAAAUAAUUAAAAGUUUAUGGUAAUAAUUAUUGGUAGAUAAAAAAAGUAAAAUGGAAUUAGGGUUGAUUAAAGUAGAGGGGAUGAUUUGAAAUAGUAAGUAACAAUGACGCAUGUAAAUGGGAAAGUUUGGUUGGUGGUUGUGUAUUACUUUUCUACAUAGUAUGUUUUGUAUUAAGUGGUUACUUGUAGCCAGGCAACGCGCAAUGACCACAGUAGUUUGAGACCAGAGUUUACUCGUAUUAUCACCAUAUUUCCCGAACUUGACCUCUUACUUUUUAGUGCCCUUGUUUUUUAUCAUCAUUUUUCCUCAUUAGCACUUGCUCCGAAGUCAUCAGUGGGAUUUAUUAUUAUUUUAGUCUCAUCACUCAAGACAGCAAUAACAAUAGCAACUAAGCAAGUGAUUAUAUUAGCGCUAGCAUAUCAACUAUAAAUUAUACGUAGACUUAAAUAACUUUAUAGAUGAAAUUAAUUUAUCAUAACGAUGUGCAAUGACGAAGAUGAUGAUGAUAAAAUUUCUUGGAUUUAUGAACAUUCAAUUAAACCAGCCAGAGGUGUAUUUUUGAAUUCCGUUUAUUAAAUAAUGUGAUUGGUGUUAUUUUUUUAACAAAAUUGUUAAAUUAAAAAAAAAAGUAUUGAAACUCUGGAAAAAUAAAAAAAUGAAACUAAAAAAACGAUGCAAUUACACACAACUAAAUACGUUAAUAAUAAAUUUACUGGGUAUUUAUUCACCUGUCAAUCGUUUCUAGUCAACGUAAUCAUUCACAGGAUCCUCGAUUUCUGCAACAAUAAGACGAAAAUGAAGAAAAACUGGCAAAACCUUUUUGUGAAGUCAAAUAAACGAGAAGAAUAAAAGGGUUUAACGAACUGAUAAUAAAAAGCGGUAGGAUCGUUAAUUUGAUAAAAAAAAAAAAAAAAAAGUUUUCUAAAAUUGAAUUGACAGACAAUAUAAUGACGAUAAGAAGGCUUGCUGUUUUGGCAGCUAUUAAAUCCAACCAAUCUAAUGGUACUACUACUACUCUUAAUAAUGAUAAUGAUCAAUGUCUUUUAGGACAUAAUAUGUCGGCUAAUGGGGAUGUUGGAAUGUUUGGAGUUGAUUUACACAACAACGUUUUUAUCCAAGGAGCAGUUCUUAUGGGAGCUCUAAUGGCUGCAGUCCUUGCAUGUUACUGUUGUCUUAGAAAUUCUGAAAAAACCCGUGAACAAGAACGCGCUGCAUAUUCAGUAGCAGAACCAGAUGUUCAAAGUCUUCAAGUUUUUACGACUAACUCCUACAAUGAUCGCGAAUUCGAUGAGCAACGUUAUGAAGAUUGGAUUGAUCGUAUGAAUGAAGAAUUAACAUCAUUGCCAGCUUGUCCAGGUACACCUGGACCGCCACCACCGUAUGAAAGUCUAAUUUUUAAUUUACAAAAUUUACCGUCACCCAGUCCAAAAGAUGAAUCUGUGAUUUAUCCAUCCGAAAAAGAAAAAAGUGAUAAUACCAAAGACGAUAAAGAAGACGAUGGAUUACCGCCUUACGACGCUGCUAUAAAACUUGCUGGUGAUGGAUAUGUUUGAAAAUAAAAAUCUAUCUAAAUUUACUAACUAGGUAAAUAUUUGAAUAAACAAUAUUUUACUUUAUUGAUAUGAUAAUCAAUUUUUAAACCAAAUGCAAACAAUGCGAUAAUAAAGCACACUCAGUGCUGAAUAUACUGUAAUUGUGCUGAUGACAAUUAAUCAACUUUUGAUGACUAAUGCUAUUUUUAUUAUUUAUGAUUAAGAAAUGUUAAAUUUACCGUUAUUUAUUGAAAAUAUACCUCAACAAUAUAAAUAUUGUUUUAAGCUGUUGAUAAGAUAAAUUUUAAUAUAUACUAAUAAGCUUGCAAAAUAUAUGUUAUUCUCAAUUUUAUUUAUAAAUUUUAAAUUCAAUAAAAUGAUACUUAUAUUUUUUAUUUCUGAUUCGCUGAGUUUAGAAAAGGCGAUCAUUUAAAAAUUUUAAAAUAUUGUUAAUAGCAAUUUUUGUGAAUUUAUGUGUAAAUAAUUUUCAGCUAAUAAAAGAUAGAUAAUUUCUGAAAAAUUUCUGUUGAAGCUGAUAGAAAUUUGAGCAAUAUUUACAGACAUGUAUUGAGUAUAAAAAAUGCCCAAAUUUCAAAGUAAUAUUACUGUAUAUUACAACUUAUUAAUUUGUUUGAUAUAAUAUCACCAUUGAUAUACUCGUUUUUAAUGCCAUAAUCAUUGUUAUUAUUUUUUUAAUUAAUUUCUUCUUUUUAAAGUAUUAACUCAACUACGAAUGUGCCGUAUUCUCCGAUUUAAGUUUUGUGAAUUUUAUUAAAAUAGAGCUAAGUUCUAUUUUUUUGCAUAGAUUUAUCAUGGUGAAAUUAAUAGAUAAAAUAUAUCCAAGAUUAAACUUUAUGGAUUAAAUCAAACGACGAGUUAACUUGUGAAUAAUUUUGCUGUAACGCAUUUUACUUAAAUAAACUAAGUAAAGAUUAUAUUGUUAAAUUGGUUAGUAUCUACGCUAAGUGACAAUACCUACGCUCUUUAAAUGAUUAUCAUAGAGCAUAAAAGUGAA